CUUGCAAGAUGGCGAACGUGCGUGACAGCGACACUUCGUUGUGGCUUCACAAUAAACUCGGAAUUUCGAACGAUUCCUGGACCGGCGGUUCGAUAUGUUCGCAACUAAACGCGGAAGUUUUAAGGAACAUAAAGGACUGUUUUCCAGAUCUGCAGACGCAGGUCAAGCUGAAAUUGUUAUUAAGUUUUUUCCAUAUCCCGCGCAGGAAUCUCGAAGAGUGGAAAAUCGAACUGGAGCAAAUUUUGGAGGUGGCGAUGGCCGAUUCCGAGUUGUGGGUGUGCAUGUUGGCCGACACGUUAAAAACCUAUCCCUCGACUGGUUCCCUAAACACCGAAAUAUCGGAACUGGAUGAGGUACGACCCAUAUUCACAGACCUGGUCUCGGACCUUCGUAGGUUGGUCCGCAAGCAAAAUGAACAGAACGUCUUACCAAUGGAAUGCCAUUACCUCAACAAGGCGGCCCUCGUUUCAGUCGUUGGAAACAAGCCAGAACCCAUUAAGCAUUUCACGCUGAAGAAACGCCCGAAGUCCGCACUGCUGAGGGCUGAUUUGCUCCAGAAGUCGUCAGAUGCCGCAUCGAAUCUCAAAAAGUCUUCCGCACCUGUCAUACCGGUCAGGUCUAGGGGUAUGCCCCGCAAAAUGACUGACACAACCCCAUUGAAGGGAAUUCCAAGCAGAGUGCCAACCUCUGGUUUCCGCACUUCUGGCCUCAAUGGCACGAUGAACAGCAGACCGUCACUGACGCGACCACCAGCAGGUCGAAAAGAGGGUGGCGUGAAACUGCUCGAGAUAUCUGAUCAACCGCUUGGUUACGCGGCUGCUAAAAAACGGAAGAAGAUGCAAGAAAUGGAAGACGCAAAGAAGGCAACGGAGAAUGCCGGUCAACAGAAUCAACCUGCUGCUGGUGCUACGACUCCCGAUUACGCGGCUGGUUUAUCUACGACACCCGCUUAUGCACCUGCUACGCCACAGCCUACAGUUACUCCUGCAGCUUCAUCUACAUCAGUACUGACCACAACGCCUGCCACCCCACAAACCGCCGUACAGUCGCCCACGACCAACACGGCGACAGCUGCGGCGACGUCCGUCACGACCGCCCAGAUCGUGACGGCAGUGGCGGCCGCACCUCAGACUCAGUUCGUAACCGCGGCGGUGGCACAACAGGCGACGAUGCGACCGGUGCCUCCGUUACUGGCGACGGCGACCGGCACCAGGACCACCACCGCGGUGAUAGCACCGGAUCAACCAGCAGCGGCCGCGGUCAGUGCCGUCAUCGGCCAGGUGGUGGGCACGUCGCCGAUGGUGAUGGCGCAGCGGUCUGCGCAGGCGGCCGUGCCGACAGUCACACAAAUCAGGAUUCAGCCCCAGCCGCCGGCAGCGAAUGCGUUGCAGAGGAGAGGUCUUGCCCUCACGAGAGAACAAAUGUUGGAAGCUCAGGAUAUGUUCAGGACGGCGAACAAGGUUACGCGUCCCGAGAAGGCGCUCAUUCUCGGUUUCAUGGCGGGGUCGCGGGACAACCCGUGUCCACAUCUCGGCAACAUAGUGACGAUAAAACUGUCGGAGGAUCAGGAGAAUGUGAUGCAACAGGACGACACGUACGUGACCAUGAUGGUCGAAACUCAUUUCCAGAUGAACUACAACAACGGAGAAUGGAAGCGGAUAAAGAAGUACAGACAUAUCGAGAAUACAGUGGACCAAUUGCCUGCAAACACGGUGACACCAGCGAUUGUUUGAUAAAAGUAGAAACAUGCGACAUAAUGCGCUUCCAGAUUUUAGUAGAUACUGUUAUACUCACAAUGGAUUUGAGUGAUCUCACAUCUGAGCUUUGUUUGGUGGAGUAUUAUUAUCCUUAUAUUAUGCUUUUUGCGUCGUACAGAAUUUUAUUUGAGUUUAUGACUUGUAUAGGUAAUUACAAGAGGAUGUUCACCAAAAGAGUAUAUAACUCUACAUUUUUUGUACAAAUUUGACUGAUACAGUUCGUUUUAUGGAGUGCAAACUAUUGGAAUAAUAUAUGCGAUAUAUUUUUAACAAUUAAGUAUAGAAUACGAGAUGCUUUACAAACUGUUUCUAGGCAGAAUUAAUUGUAAUGUUGGAAGAUGCAAAUUAUAUUUACUGAAGUUGUACAGGUUUUUUUUUUUAUUUUCAUCAGAUAUUUAUUAUACAAACGAUAAUUAGUUACAUUACAUGAAGUUUUACAAAUUUAAGUGUUCACAACUACGCUAAAUUUUUGUUACGAUUUACUGUGAAUAUAUAAGUGUAUAUAUUGUUAAGCAAAUAAAAAUAUUUUUUAAUAAUUUGA